AUGUCACCGCAGGUCCCUCGAAUGGACAGCGCCAUCGCGUACACGAGCCCAAUCCUCUACGAGAUGCUUCAUGGAUCUGAGUUCUCCAACUGCCAGACCAUCGUUCUCCGGGACGGCGAAGAUUUGGUCACGUAUUUAUGUCAUGUUCUCGACCUGGCUGGAGAUGGUCGUUUGCCUGUCCUUGCGGAGUUGAACGUGGGUGCUUCACACUCUACGGGGCAAAGGCUGGUACGAUUCUGCAGGAACUCAACAGGACCCCAAGCUACGAUAGCCAAUCUCCCGAAGCUGAAGAGCUUAACACUCGAGAACCUAUUCUUCCCCGUCAUAUCGGAGAGCCUAGAGACUAUCCGACUCAGGCGUGUACAUUGCUCAGCAACCAGCGCAGUACCUAGACUACGGACGGUGGUCCGUACCCUCGUUCGCCCUCAUGCCCACACGCUGCACCAUCUCGAACUUUCACGAGCGUUCAAAUUGGACGACGUAGAAGAAGCCUCUAUCCCGGUUGCACUGCCUGUGCUACGUACUCUCCGCAUAGACGGCAGUCUUCCUCGCGUGGUGGCCGUGCUGAAGAGCCUGCACGUCCAGAGCAAUGUGCGAAAGGAUCUGACGGUGGAUUUGGAUGCUGUACAUGCACUUCCCUCUACUGUGAAAGAUGCGUGCAAAACCCUGCUGAGCUCGUUUGAAAACAACACAUCGAACGCGUUGUACAUACGCUACCGCGAGUCUCAACACAGGAGGGACGAAUCCAAUGCGCGCGUACUCCCGGAAGCACUCGAUCUCGAGCUAUACACUACGGAGGUGGCUUUCGUAUCCAGAAUCCGGGGCAAUUCGCGUUUCCUCGCCCCGAGCAUGAGCCUUCGAGUCCGGUGGGCGCAGAACGACGGAAUGCCGUGGUGGUCCUUGCUCGGAUUGGUGGCGGAAGCGUUGAAUAGGAACAGCACAAUCACCUCGGCAUUCCUCGACAUGCCGAAGCAUUACUGGUAUCCACAGCAGGAAGUAUAUUGGGUCAAGGCCGCCAAAGAGGUAGUGGACGCGUUCGCGAGCCUCACCAAAAUUGGUCCACGAGGGAAGGUGCUGGCUGCCGUGGAGAAGCACCUGUGGAAAGGGCACAGGCUAUUCAUACGUAUUGAUUGUCUCGAACCCACUGAGUGA